AUGGAACCGGGUCCGUCUUCUCGCUCGCCUGCCCCUCGGGAUCGACCUCUGGAUCCGGCUGCAGGGAGCUCUUCUGGCGGAGGUGGAGAUGCAGACAUUGCUCGGGACAUGAAAACUCACUUUCGUUUGUGUCGCUUCAUAAUGGAAGCAGGAGUGAAGCUGGGCAUGCGCUCUGUGCCUGUUGCUACAGCGUGCGUGCUGUACCACAACUUUUUCGAAUGUGUCAGCGUAAGUGUGUAUGAACCCGACCUGGUGGCCAUGAGCUGCUUGUACCUGGCAGGCAAAGUGGAGGAGCAGCACAUACGGACCCGGGACAUCAUCAACGUAAGCCACAGGUACUUUAAUAGGCACAGCCCCCCUUUAGAAUGUGAUAAGGAAUUCUGGGACCUAAGGGACAGUGUGGUGCAAUGUGAGCUCCUCAUCCUCCGACAGCUCAAUUUCCAAGUCACCUUUGAACAUCCGCACAAGUACCUACUCCACUACGUGACGUCCAUAAAGUCGCUGGUGAACCGGCACGCUUGGUCUCGAUGCCCCGUUGCCGAGACUUGCUGGGCAUUGCUUCGAGACUGCUACCAUGGCUCGAUGUGCAUUCGGCACACGCCCCAACACAUCGCUAUAGCAACACUGUAUUUGGCUCUCAACACCUAUGGAGUGGAGCUGCCUGUUGGGGAGAAACGGUGGUGGCAGGUGCUUUGUGAUGGUGUGACCAAAGCAGACAUAGAUGCUGUGAUUUCUGACCUUCUCCAACUCUACGACAUGGAGGCCAAGUGUAUCUGAGGACGCUGCUGGCAAGACAGUGGAUAAUUUGCCACUGCGUCAUUUCUGUGGGGAACUGCGCAGCGCAUUCAUGCGUGUGGGGAUUUGCGCACGAGACAGAGCUGAGGCAAAAACACAAACUGCACUACCGCGCCUUAACACCGCGGGGCGACAAAUCUUCAUUUCCUUCUUCCUGGUUGCAGAAGUCUGAAAUUUUGACAUUUCUUAUCGUGGCAGCAGACUGAAUCUUUUUACCUGAUUUUGACUGGUUCUUGUUGAUCUUUGUUGUUUGUAAUUGGUUUACAUUAUUUCUCUGUCAGUCAAUAGAAAAAAAACAGUUCUGGAGAGCAAUAUUUGGAUGCGGCAGCUCAGCUACUGUAAGUCUUAAAGGGAGUUCCCGUCCUGGAGGUCCUUCCAGAACAGUUUGUGAUCCAUUUGAUGCAUAUUGCAUGCAAUUGUUUUACUUUAAAUCAAUGUUUACAUUGUUCUUAUUGAAGAGCACAAAGCAAAUAUGCAAUAGAUCUCGAUGGGUUCACUAAACUCUUUCUUGUGGUCAUC